GACUCCGCUGCGCAUCCAGGAGCGAGUCAGUGCGCACUUACACGCAGCUCCGCAUGCCUGGCGCACGGUGCACGUCCAGCUCGGUGGAUUAGGUGCAAAUGGGGGGAACACUGGGCUGCCACCGCUCUCUCCCGGCCGCGGACCCGGCGGAGCAGCAGCAGCGCGGCCGCAAGUUCAGUGCCACAUGCAGCUUCGCGCACAGCCAGGCGCCCAGCCUGAGCUACAGCAGCCCAGCGCGCCUGGACGUGAACGCGGCCAGCGAGGAGGAGCUCAUGACCUUACCGGGGGUGACGCGGACCGUGGCGCGUGCCAUGGUGGAGCACCGCGCGCGCAUCGGCGGCUUCAGGAGGGUGGAAGACGUGGCGCUGGUGAGCGGCGUCGGAGCCGCGAUGCUGCACCGCAUCAGACCCGAGAUCUGCGUCUCCGGCCGGGGCAGCGAGCGCCACGAGCACCGCCGUCACCCGUCCGUGACGCACGCCGGCACCCCGGGGUAUUACCCCAACUCUCCGGGCUCGUGCAGGUGCACGUGCCUGCACCUGCCCCCGGGCGGACCCCCGCAGAUCCCCUCCGACCGGCCGCACCGGGAGCCUCCGCCGUGCGCCCGCGACGGUAAGCCCGUGAUCCGGGUGGCCACGUGGGACCUGCAGCGCUGCUCCAGCGACAAGGCCAACAACCCCGGGGUCAAAGAGGUGGUCUGCAGGACCCUGCUGGAGCGUGAUAUUAAGCUGCUGGCGGUUCAGGAUCUGGCUAAUCGAGAAGCUCUGGACAAGUUCUGCGCCGAGCUGAAUCAGCACACUCUCUCCAGCGUUUGUAAUUGGGAAGGUCCUCGAGGAGUCUGGAAAUGUGCUGCAUCGGAAAAACCCACCGGUGAAUCCUCCACGGGUCCGGAAUAUUCCGGUUUCCUCUGGGACGCCUCAGCCGGAGUUCAUCUGGAGGAAACGCUGGUUCUGGAUGGUGUCGUGGCGAACGGGAAUGGGAACGGGAACGGGAGCGACGCCCAGCCCAAAGCCUUCCUCGGACGCUUUUACGUCGGCUCGUCGGAUCUGACUGUGGUGAACGUUCACCUGAAAGCUCCAGCGCAGCAGAAGCAGCAGAACGGACGCAGCCACAAAUCGGAGCAGCGUAAAGCACCGCGACUGAGCCCUGCGGUCAAGGAGACCCUGAAAGGAGUGAAGAACGUGGUGGUGGUGGGUGGCUUUGGUCUUCCACCGGACAGCGCCGAGUUCGAGUCUCUGAAGAAGGAGAAGCUGAGCGCACUCGUGUCCUCCUCCAUCUACACCAACAUCAGCACCAGGUCACCGCAGGGCUCCAGCUGUGUGGACAACAUCUGGGUCAGUCGCUCCAUCAAGAAGAUCUAUGCAGGUCAUUGCUCGGUGGUGCGGGAGGGCCUGACCAACCCCUGGAUCCCUGAUAACUGGUCGUGGGGGGGCGUGGCGUCGGAGCACUGCCCCGUCGUGGCCGAGUUUUACACCACGUACGUGAACGAGAAGACGCCGAAGGAGCCGCCGCACAACGGGAACAGCGUGGCGGCGGUGGAGCGGGGCGACGUCACACCCAAACACGAACGGUGACCCUGACGCGGUCGGGGUGCUCGUUACCGAGGAGAGGGGGCGUGACCCGCCCGAUCUUAUGCAAUGACAUCAUCAGGACAGGAGCGAUGAUGCGUACAGAGAGACGGACUGAGAGUGGCGCGUUCAGCUGAUGUACAGUAGAAAAUGAUGUAGAAUUUAGAAUUAAUUUUAAAAGAUUCGCAUAUUUAAAUAUAUAUAUAAAUAUAUAAAUAUAAAUCUAUAUAUGAGUGUGUUGAAAAUAAAUGACACAUGCCAAAA